AUGCGAAAGCAGAUCGAGGACAUGCAUGGAUACAAUCUCCAGAUGGUGAUUUAUAAGAAAUUAAUAGAUAUUGAUAUGAACAAGAAAGAUGGCCGUAUGUUUUUUCAAAUCAAGAAUGUAUUUUUCGAUUUCCUCACCCCAAAGGAGAAGGAGCUCUUGAAUGAUGCAAACGGAGUCAUGGAAGUCAAGAUUGUUGAUGAGGCUCAAAGGGUGAGCCCCAUGUUCUUGACCAAAGGCAAGAUUAAAGAACAUGAUGUUUAUCUUUUUACCACUCAUUGGAAUUCUUUUGUCGACAAAAAUUGCUUGAAAUUUGGCAACCUCAUCCAACUUUGGAGUUUCAGAAGAGUUCGACUCGUAGACAUCGAUAAUGAAAUAUUCACCUCUGAUCUUUACUUCGCGUUGAAUACCAUGGAUGGCCGAUGUAUUCUUUAG